GGUGGUUGGCUGAAAGUGGUAAAUGAUCCUGGUCACCAUCGUCACGUUCCUGGGGACAGGAUGCCUUCCGGAAAAAUAUCCAAGACCGCAUCCUAGAGUUUGCAGCCCGCCGCUGCUGCGUCGCGGAGCUACCAUGGAGCAAUACCAAUAGAAAUAAAUAGGACAUGAUAACCCCAGCUACGACUUGCUGCAGCUUCAUUCCCAAGACGACAUUGCAUUGAACUUACCGUACAACUUGUCAAGAUGCGGUUCCAGCUCACGACAAUCUUAGCUAUUGCGUCGGCAACAGUGGCAGUUGCAAGCCCAACGUGGGCUGCUUUUGAGCAGUGGGCCAAAGGAGCUGGGGGAAAGUCGGCUCCAGAGCAUACCUCAUCACGGCCUUCAAUUUCGUGCCAUCCGCUUCAUCCCUCCAAGCCUCCGCCAUCUCCUCCUCCACGGAACCGGGUCUGCUAUGUGAAGAGUCACAAUGAUGGUGUGACUGAUGAUUCCAAGUACAUCCUCGAUGCCCUUCAUAAUUGCAACAACGGAGGUCAUGUUGUCUUUGCUGAGGGACUGAAAUAUACAAUCGGCACGGCCCUCGACCUCACCUUCCUCAACCACAUUGAUAUUGAUAUCCAAUCGUACAUCCAGUUUACAAACGACACCGUGUACUGGCAGGCAAAUUCCUUUAGAUUCGGCUUUCAGAACGUGACCACGUUCUUCAAGCUUGGAGGUAACGAUGUCAACAUCUAUGGCGGCGGAACCAUCGACGGGAACGGACAAAUCUGGUACGAUCUCUAUGCGGCAAACGUCUACACUCUCCGGCCGGUUUUGAUCGGCAUCGACGGUCUCCACAACUCAAUCCUCAGCAACUUGGUGCUGAGAUACUCGCCUCAAUAUUACCACUUCGUUGCCAACUCUAGCAAUGUCAUUUUUGACAAUAUCAACAUCGCUGGACGCAGUAUCAGCGCCAAUGUGGCGAAAAAUACGGAUGGCUGGGAUACCUAUCGUAGUUCAGAUAUCGUGAUCCAAAAUUCUGUGGUGAACAAUGGAGACGAUUGCGUGUCUUUCAAGCCCAACAGUACCGAUAUGCUGGUGCAGAAUAUGUGGUGUAACGGCUCCCACGGCAUCUCGGUUGGUUCUCUUGGGCAAUACAAGGGGGAGUUUGACAUCGUGGAAAACAUCUAUGUUUUCAAUACAUCGCUGCACAACGCAACUGACGGAGCCCGUAUCAAAGUUUGGCCAAACACUCCUUCAGCCUUGAGUGGAGAUCUCCAAGGCGGCGGCGGAUCAGGCAUGGUCAAGAAUAUCACCUACGACACCAUGAUAAUCGAUAACGUGGACUACGCAAUCGAGGUUGAUCAAUGCUACGGGCAAUCCAACUUGACUCUCUGCCUCCAAUUCCCAUCUCCGCUCACCAUCACGGACAUCCUCUUCAAGAACUUCAAUGGCAAGACGAGCAAGAAAUACCAACCUGAGAUUGGCACAUUUGCUUGCUCAAGCUCAACGGUCUGCAAUAAUAUUGUGGCCAGUGCGAUUAAUGUUGUCAGUCCAAACGGCACGGAUGAGGCGUAUUGCUUAAAUGUUCCACAGGCGAAUUUGGAUGUCACUUGCAACACGAAAUAUUUGGGAUUUAAUUAAGAUGAAAAGUAGCUAUUGGGAGAGUUUUGAAAGUAAUAUGUAUAAUGACAAGAAAC